GCGCCGGCGGGGCGGCCGCUCCCGGCACAGCGCGCGCCGUCCCCUCAGCCGCCCCGGCCGGCGGGGCUGCGGCUGCUCCGUGUUCCUCCUCCCUCCUCCUCCUUCCUCCUCGCCUUCCUCUUUCCUCCUCCUCCCCUCAGGAGCCGCCGCCGGGUGAGGAGAAGCGGGGGCCGCGGCCGGCAUGUGAAGCGGGGCAGCCCUCUCGCCGCCUCCUUGCCUCAGGCUCUUCCCCGGCUCUUGCUGGGGCCCCGCUCGCCAUGAAGAAGUUUUCCCGCAUGCCCAAGUCCGAGGGGAGCGGCGGCGGCGGCGGCGGGACGGCGUGCGGCGGCUCCGGCAGCGGCGUGGCCCUGGGCAGGGCGCUGGCGGUGGGGCGGUACCAGGUGACCCCCGAGGAGCCGCUGGCCGAAGGUGGCUUCUCGACGGUGUUCCUGGUGCGCACCCACAGUGGGAUCCGCUGUGCACUGAAACGCAUGUGUGUGAAUAAUGUGCCAGAUCUCAACAUAUGCAAGAGAGAAAUCACAAUUAUGAAAGAGUUAUCUGGGCACAAGAACAUUGUGACCUACUUGGACUGUGCUAUCAACUCGAUAAGUGAUAAUGUUUGGGAGGUGCUCAUCCUCAUGGAAUACUGCCGAGCUGGACAAGUUGUGAACCAGAUGAACCAGCGCCUACAGACGGGUUUCACAGAGUCAGAAGUCAUGAGGAUAUUUUGUGACACCUGUGAAGCUGUUGCUCAGUUGCAUCAGUGCAAAACGCCCAUAGUUCACCGGGAUCUGAAGGUGGAAAACCUACUGUUAAACGAUAGCGGGAACUACGUUCUCUGUGACUUUGGCAGUGCCACCAACAAAUACCUGCAUCCCCAGAAAGAUGGUGUUAAUAUGGUGGAAGAAGAAAUUAAAAAGUACACAACACUGUCAUACAGAGCUCCUGAAAUGAUCAAUCUGUAUGGAGGAAAGCCAAUUACUACCAAGGCAGAUAUCUGGGCACUUGGCUGCUUGCUGUAUAAACUCUGUUUCUUUUCCCUUCCCUUUGGAGAAAGCCAAGUUGCUAUUUGUGACGGCAGCUUUACCAUCCCGGACAGCUCCCGGUACUCCCACAGCGUGCACUGUUUGAUCAGAUAUAUGCUUGAACCAGACCAAGAGAAGAGACCUGAUAUUUUUCAAGUGUCUUACUUUGCCUUUAAAAUUGCCAAAAAGGAUUGUCCCGUGUCUAAUAUUAAUAGUUCUCCUGUCCCUUCAACUCUCCCUGAACCCAUGACAGCUAGUGAGGCAGCUGCUAGAAAAAGCCAAAUAAAAGCAAGAUUAACAGAUACUGUUGGACCAACAGAAACCUCAAUUGCACCACGGCAAAGACCAAAGGCCAAUUCAAGCACUGCCACUUCCAGCGUGCUGGCAAUCCAGAGCUCAGCAACUCCUGUCAAAGUACAGGUUCCUGGGGAAUUUGGUAAUCGUGGGCAAAAAGGAACCACGCGCCCCGGGAACGGCCAAGAGCUCCCUCAGUGCCAAGGGACCACCCCGCACGGGCCGCAGCAGCACAGGGUCCUGCAGCAGCUGCAGCAGGGGGACUGGAGGCUGCAGCAGCUGCACCACCUGCACCACCAGCAGCAGCAGCCCACCCUGCAGGACGCUUACAUUCAGCAGUAUCAGCAAGCAGUGCAUCAGCAGAUGGUCCAGCAGCAGCUGUUGCUGCAGUCUGUGUACCAGCAGCAGCCUGCCCAGUCGCAGUAUCCUGCCAUGGUGCAGUACCAGCAGGCUCUCCUGCAGCAGCACAUGCUGGCCCAGCAGCGGUCACAGCAGGCACAGUCCCCUGAAUACAUCACCUCUCCACAAGACUUUGCACCAGCCUUAAUCUCCUACCCUGGCUCACUCCCAGUGCAUGCUGGAACACUGGCAGAUCCUCCCCAUCCUACAAGCAGGUCAGGUAUUCCUGAUGCUGAAGGAAUUGCUGGUUACCCAAAGCAGAGCAUCAAUAACCCGCCUGACAUGUCAGGCUGGAACCCAUUUGGAGAGGACAAUUUUUCCAAGUUGACAGAGGAGGAGCUGCUGGACAGAGAGUUUGACCUGCUGAGAUCAAACAGGCUGGUGGACAGGAGAGCAUCUUCAGAUAAGAAUGUGGAGCCACAUUCUGCUCCACAGAAAAGUCCUCCUGAAGAUCCCUUUGGUUCUGUUCCUUUCAUUGCUCACCAAGGUUCCCCUGGAAAACAAGUGGAUAACUCAGCCAGCAAUCAAGGAAAUAACCUAGGGACCCCAACCAAAGCUGGAAAACUGAGCCAUGCAUUUAGAGAUCCCCGGCCAGGGAGGAAAAGUGCAGAGGGACACGUGACAAAAGGUGGUGAGGAGUCAGAGAGUGAUUUUGAAUCUGACCCUCCCUCUCCCAAGAGCAGCGAGGAAGAAGAAGAACAGGAGGAUGAAGAAGUCUUGCAAGGGGAGAACGGAGACUUCAAUGAUGACAAUGACACAGAACCAGAGAAUUUAGGCCACCGCCCUCUCCUCAUGGACUCUGAGGAAGAGGUGGAGGAAGAGGAGGAAGAGAAGCAGAGCUCUGACUCUGAUUCUGACCGUACCAAGCAAAAAUCAGUGGAAGGGCUCCUGAGCAGUAGGUUCAGAGACGGUGUGGGCAGCAGUGAAAUCCAGGAACCCAGUUCAAUGCACACAUCCUCAUCUGAGGUGCCAAGCACUGUGAUCAGCCCUGGCCAAGAAGUCGAUGUGUUUGGGGCUGUGCCUUUUUUCACCCUGCAGCCUCACGCAAGAGAGAAGAUGGACAAAGAUGUUUCUUCUCAGACAGUUUUUCCCAGCCUGGCCCAGGACCAGGAUGACUUUGAUGUUUUCACAAAAGCCCCCUUCAGCAAAAAGGUGCCCCAGCAAGACGGGCAGGUGUCGGGAAUGGAGCCUCUGCUCUCCCCCACGUCUCCACGGAGCGUGGAUAUCUUUGGCUGCACCCCGUUCCAGCCGUCCCUUCUCCCCAGGUCUGCUGGGAACAGAGAGGACCUGUUUGGGCUGGUUCCUUUUGAGGAGAUCACAGGGAGCCAGCAGCAGCAGAAGGUGAAGCAGCAGCGGAACCUGCAGAAACUGUCUUCCCGGCAGCGGCGCAUGAAGCAGGAGGUGUCCAAGAGCAACGGGAAGCGCCACCACGGCACCCCCACCACCACGAAGAAGGGGCUGAAGCCGAGCUACCGCACACCAGAGCGAGCCCGCCGGCACAAGAAGGCGGGACGCAGGGACUCCCAGAGCAGCAACGAGUUCCUCACCAUCUCGGACUCCAAGGAGAACAUCAGCGUGGCCUUGACCGACAGCAAGGACCGAACCAACCCUCUGCAGGCGGACGAGAGUCUGCUGGAUCCCUUCGGAGCGAAGCCCUUCCACCCGCCGGAGCUGCUGCGGCACCCCCAGCACCAGGGCUUUGGGGACAGCCGCGGGGACCUCGGCACGGUCGUCGUGGCCGGCAGGCCCAGGCAGAGCUCCCUGCAUGGGGCCGUGCAUGGGGGGGACGGGCUCAAAACAGACGACUUUGGUGCGGUGCCCUUCACAGAGCUGGUCGUGCAGAGUGCGCAGAGCCAGCAGCAGGCACUGGAGUUAGAUCCAUUUGGAGCAGCUCCGUUCCCUUCUAAACAGUAAAGGCUUCCAGUGGGUUCCCCCCGUUCUCUCCAAGUCCCUUAAUAAAGGUUGAGUGGAGUAAUUUAUGUGGUUGAAGUGACAGGGACCUUGGUUGUGCAGCUUGUUCAGGUUCAACAGGGCAUGGCCCGCUUGCCCAAUGGAAUUGUGAAUGAUGGCUAAUUCUGAUUGCAGUUUUUGGUCUUCUUUUUUUUUUUUUUUUUAAAUAGAAAAAUCAAACUAGGAGGACCAUUUUGUUCUGGCAGAUGGCUCCCGGAAUGGAAAGAGGAAUUGGAUAUGAAUCACUGUCACUGACUUGGGGGCUGUGGGACAUACUGUCAUUCUGCACUUUGGUGUUGCCUUUGCAGCCCUCUGCCAUGUGCCGAGGUGGAGGGGAACAGGCGGAGGGAGCACAUGGAAAAUGUUUUCCAUAUGUACAGGGGGGUAAUGAACUGCAGUGGUUCUUCGUGUUUCAGUCGCAGCAGACCUAAGAACCAAGACAUACUAAUAUCCAGAUUAUCUGCUGGAAAUAGUCUUUGCUUCCUAGGUGAAAACUACCUUUAUUAAUCAUAAAAGAUAAAGCAGCCAUGUCCUCAAGAGGUUGUGGCCCAGAAUUCCAGAGCACAGCUAUGGCUUGGGACCUGGCAGACAUCUAUGCAGCUGCAGAGAUGCAUGGCACAUUAUUUUUUUGUGUGCCUAAAUGGUCAAUUUUUUUUUUACAGUAAGUGCCAUUAAUGUAAAAUAGCAAACUGGAAAUUUAGAGUCAAAACUAAAGAUACAGAAAAUAUACUGGUUUGUGAGAAGCCUGAAUGUAGGAGAGUGAGCCAGCAGGGACACAGUCAGUGUUUGCAGCACUUGGGAGACUCAGCACACUGGAAAAGGGGCUGGUUUAUCCUUGGGCACAUAUAGAGGGUUUAGUUGACUUGCACAGUGGACUGUGGGGUGACUGUGAUUGGAUUACAAAUUGGGAUUUGUGUCUGAAAAUACCUUUUCUUUUCCUUUUGGAUUUUUAUUGCAAAGAAAAUGUGUAUUCUCUGAAGGCUGUUGUUUUGUACAAUAAUAGUUUUAUGAAAUGACUGUAACCUAAUUAAUGCUCUUGUAAGUUUUGCUUCCCUGCUCCCAGCUGUGUUCCAGCCCAGCAGGAGCUGGUGGCUGCUGGGCCAGUGAGCUGCAUUCACACCACAGAGCCUUAGGAGCAGGACCCCUGUUGUGCUGCCCAGGACCUCGGGGGCAUGAGGUGGUGGGGAGGCACUGUGAGCACUGCUGAGGACAGGGUUUCAUUCCUGUUUUAGAGAAGCUGGUGCUGUGUGUAGGCUCGUGCCGAGCCAUGGACACUGUCUGGAGCCAGCGCCCCUCGGGACAGCCCAGUCUGCCUGGGUUCCACGGCCAUCCUCAAGGACAUGGAAGGAGGUAGUUCCUCAGCAAGUCUCACCUUUAUGUCCUGCUCCACUGAAUGCCAAUGAAGAGGUAAUGGAUGUUUGUACAUGGAGGAUGGCAGUGUUGGUUGGGUGUCCUCAUGUCUCCCCUGUCACAGGAGGUAAAGUGAAAUAUUCAGGGUUGUGCUUUUUUUUUCCCCCUAAGCCUCCUGCUGGUUAUACAGUGGUCCUGAGAUCUGUGAAGGGGGUGUGUGGAUCCCUUACAAUAUUGGCUCAAAACACAUUGAAAACAAAUCCCGUGAUUCCCUUGGGGUCAGUUUGAUCAAGUACUCCCUUGGGUGUAUGUGAGAGUUUCCCCUCGCCCUGGUAUCUGAAAGAAGCUCAUAGCUGUCCAUACACCAUCACUACCUUCACCUUCCUCAGUUUCAUUUUUCUCACAGGCUGCAAGUGGAAUAUUCCAGCUGAGCGUGGUUCAGUGUGCCCUUUCCAGGCUUAGAAGUUAAGCUCGUAGGAGGUUCUGAGUAGAAAUGUUUCAACUCUAUUUGCACAGGAGUUUCCUAGACUUUAUUAUUGCUCUUCUCACCUGUUGUUUGGUGCCAAAGGCUGUAAGAAGCACACGCCAAGUUUUGUAGCAUUUUCUGAUACUCAGGUUAACUCUCUUAUUCCUUUUUUUUUUUCCUCUGCACAUGCUUUUGAGCUGCCUUCCCUGGUUUCCUUCAGAGCUGUUACUCACCUGCCUGGAGAGCUUUUGGAACAGAAUGAGAUGACAGAUGGGGCAGGGGGUAGAAACAAAAUGAGAGUAAAACAGCAGAGAGUGAAACCACCUAAAUGUGGCUGGUCCUUGCCAAAGCCAUACAGCUGCUGCCUUCCCAGUGGGAAAGGUUAACCGUGCCUGUGGCACUGGGGCUUGGCUCCAGGGCCAGGGAGGAGAGGUGGUGGCUGUUGGACACAGAGGGAGAAGGUUGUGCAGACCUGCUGUGACGGAAGCGUUCAGGUAAAUUAAGAAUAGAAGGAAAUCUGUUUGGUUUUUAUCAGUUUGCCCUGAGACUCCAGGCUGAGGAGUGCUGCAGGUUUUCCUUGUGUGGCGGUUUGGUUGGAUUUUGGCAGAGGGUCUGUACAUGGUUAAAUUGCAGCACAGCAAAGCUGAAGUGGGGUUGAGCACAAACUGAGAGGAGGCAAAGGCAAACUGUAAAUCCCAGUUUCUCUAAAGCUGGCAUAACACCUCUGGUGCACAUGAGUUAAUGGCCCGUGACAUUUGCUUCCUAGUGGCCUUAACAAACCUGGUUCUUCGCACUUGAGAUACCAAACAGAUUUUUGUAUAAAUGCAAUUCCUUUGUUUCUAAAGUUGUUUUAUCAUUUCUUAUGACUGAAGAGAGAUUAGUGCCCCCCACUAAGCUGCCUUUGUGCAGUAUAUGUUGUUUAUACACAAAUAAACCCAAGCUGGGAUUUAAUUUCAGCCAUGAUCCACUAUUCAAAGGGGUUGGAAUGUGGGACUGUCAGGGAACAGGAUAUCUUUUGCCUUUUUUGGGGUGUGUGCUCACCGUGGAGCACCCUGUGACCUUACUGAAACAUAAGGAAGCCCUUGCUGCAGUAGGCAUGUACCAUGCUGCCCAGGAAGGCAAUAGUGACAAGGUAAGGGGCUGACACUUCCCUUCUGGCUGAAAAUCCCUGUGGAUCUUUACAGCUUCUCCUUCAGCAUGCUGAAGGACUGAAGCACAGGCCUUCUAGGAUCAAUUGCUGGGGAGAGUCUGUCCCGAGGUACUAAGAAACCCCUAUUGGUUGUGGUCACUGAGGGAAAGCCAGGUAGUUGUGCUUGUCUGUGGACUCAAAGGCCUCGGGGUGUGUAGUUAACUGCUCUGGCUGCCCUGUGUGUGUGUGGGCCCCGUGAGCACCAGCACUGGAGGAAAUAUCUUCUAAUCACUCUGGGUGUCCCAGUUAGUUAAACCAAGUACUGUGAAAAUAAGUUGAUGUAUUUGCUACUGUGAGAAUAAGAGUUUAUCUGGAGUUUUUUAUCCUAUAUCGUGUAUUUUUAUAUAUGAGAAGUCUAUAUAAAAUAUACACAUGCUCGCACACAUCACGUCCCCCUUGGAGGUGCUGUGGUUUGGGUAACCCAGCAGCCACAAUCGUGUCUGUGACUUGGAGUGAAUAUGAGGGAAACCUGUGAGGGGAAAACAAGUGCCAAGGGUGGCUGCUGUGCUACUGUUCUGUAGUGCUUAUUUCAAAAGGAAAUCAAGGAGGUUGUGUGUAUGGCUAAAGUUGUGACUGAGGCAUCACCUAGUACUAAAGAGCAUAAAAACUACUUUAAAAUUGCUGGCAUUCAGCUUUGAAGUGCACUUUUCUGAAAUACACCUCCAUUUCUUGUUAGACUUCAAGUUUCUAAAGCUUUUUUGUGUACCACUAAACAGAGAACUUUUAACUUCUUUGUGAGGCUGAUGUAUGUCAUAAAAUCCUUGGAGUUGUUAAAUAAACAAACCUGGUAACAGUG